AUGAUGUACCAGCGCACGAUCAGGCUCGACCGUGUUGCACAGUCUUGCAAUCUUCUGCAACUGACACAGGCUGAGGACCAGGCUGCGUCCAAGGCCCUGCACCUUGCAAUCAUGGCGUUUGCUGUGCAGUGGGCACAGAGCAGUCGUCGGCCCCGCGAGAAAUACCCAGCCAGGCCUCUCGACAAUUGUGAGGAUGACUUGGCCGACUGGAUUACCGACGAGUUUGAUCUCAUUCUCCAGCAUCAGUUUUGGGACCAGGCACAGCGCGCACUCCAACAAGUCGCCGAUUUAGAGUCGUACAGAGUGGCAUGUGCCGAGUUUAUCUUUGGAUUGACACAAAGACCAUGGAAGCCCAACGAUCGGUCUCCUAGAGAGCGAAUGCAAAAGCCAGGCCGCAAAUUUGCCACAAAAUUUGUCUUUUCAACGCUACAGGAUAUUAUGAACAAAGAAGGGCCACCAAUCUACAUGGAGAGAGCAGCUCGCAAAAUGCACGCACUCAAGUAUUGCAGCGACGCCCGAGAAAAGGGCAUCAGCAAGCAGUGUUGCAGUCGCGAGAAGGGCGCUCACGGCAUUAUGGCCAUGGGUGCCGAAGAUCGAGAGACCAUUGGACUGCUCUAUUGGAUGGUCAUCAUGUGUGAUACCAUCUCCUCGUCCAUAAACGAACGACCCGUUGUGGUACUAGAUCAGGACUGUCAACACGAAGGGCAGAAGGAGAUCCAGCAGACUGAGCAUAGUGACGAAUCUGUUGGAGGAAGUCAGUGGAAUAUUGAUAUUUUUUUGAAAGGGAACUUCAAGCAGACACAUCGAACGCACUGGCCUUGUUCUUAUGAGGCUGCCGCGGAAGAUAUCAUCAAGUCGGCGCCGGUCAAGGUCCUUCUCUUCCGCCACCUGUCAUAUUUACAGAACGCGGUUCGCAAGAGUGCCCCUGAAGAGCAGAUCGAAGAGGUGAUCCGCACGGCGAUGUUGCUAUAUGAACACUGGAACCAAACGCACGGCGCUUUUUUCAGUGAACUAGUGCAGAACUACCAUGCGGUUUCGCAGCGCAUACAGGGCUGGUUUCUCUGCAUAUCUGCGCACUGGUAUCUUGCUGCCAUGAUGCUUGCCGAUCUGCUGGAAUUGAUUGAUGGUAAUUCCCUGGGUGCAGAGAGUGCAACUCACAUUCGUAUCACCAGCCAAGUGGCGAGGACAAUACGGAUGCACAGUGCCAGGGAGUUAUCAGACUUAGCACGAGUUGGCACGCCGUCUGCCAGAAAUUCCGAUCAUCAGGGUGUGCCACAGAUGUCAGACUUUUACCACGCUGUCAGCAAGGGCACGCUCUUAACCGAGCCCUGGACCAUGAUUUUGAUCCGAGCGUUUACCAAAGCUUGCAUGGUCUUUUUAAGUGACGCCGAUGAGUCCUUGCGUUACUCCGGGCCUACUCUGGGGCACAAUAGUCCUGAUUUCGAGCGGAAUUUGGAGCAGGCCCAGGAUUGCAUGAAGGGGCUAUGGCUACUGGGUAAAAAGUCUGAUAUGGCACGGGAGAUUACCGAGACUCUUUCACUUACGUUGGAAGAAUUGAGAAAUCAUAUGUAG